AACUGUCAGCUGUUGUUUGUUUACUGCGCCGGCUUCGUGGCGGAUGUUGUGUGACAAGGAGCCGGUGAACACCGGUGACAGCGAGGGGUACCCGGACAAGAGAAGCACGGGGUGCCGCUGGGUAAAAGGACCCGCUGGAUAGCGGGUGACAUGGAGGCCGGAGGUGCAGGAGAUGGGGCUGAGGCGCUGACAGGAUGGAUCUGCUGUCUGUCUUACAACCAGGACUGCACGUCAUUGGCCAUAGGAAUGAAAAAUGGCUACAAGCUCUUUUCUCUGAGCUCUGUAGAGCAGCUUGACCCAGUACAUGAAAGCAUUUACCACCCAGGCCUGUGUGCGCUCUCAAUAAACCAUUCCAACUCCUAUCUUGCGUAUCCUGGAAGUUCCUCAGUGGGCGAGAUCAUUCUGUAUGACUCCAACUGCUUGAAAACUGAAUGCACCAUAUCUGCCCAUGAUAGUCCACUUGCUGCUAUUGCCUUUAAUUCAUCAGGAUCCAAACUAGCCAGUGCCUCUGAGAAGGGUACUGUGAUUCGUGUAUUUUCUAUUCCUGAGGGGCAGAAACUCUAUGAAUUUAGAAGAGGAAUGAAGAGGUACGUGAACAUCAGCUCCCUAAUCUUCAGCAUGGACUCUCAGUUCUUGUGUGCAUCUAGUAACACAGAGACUGUUCACAUCUUUAAAUUAGAACACGUGCCAGACAGACCAGACGAAAAUGCCUCCUGGACUGGCUAUGUAGGCAAGAUGUUUAUGGCUGCCUCAAACUACCUCCCUAGCCAAGUGUCUGACAUGAUGAACCAGGAUCGGGCCUUUGCCACUGUGCGCCUAAACUUCUCUGGACAAAGAAAUGCUUGUACCAUAGUCACAAUCCAGAAACUCCCACGACUCCUAGUAGCGUCCUCCAGCGGCCAUCUUUAUAUCUACAACCUGGAUCCACAGGACGGAGGAGAGUGUGUGUUAAUCAAGAAGCACAGCCUGCUAAGCUCAGGCAAGCCUGAGUUGGAUGGAGAGAGCGAUAAUCAAGGGGCUAUGUCUUAUGCAGCAACUGUAGCAAGGGCAUCUACAACACCUUUCUCAUCCACAGUAACAGGUUACUCAGAGGACGGUGGAGCAUUGCGAGGAGAGGUCUUUCCUGAACAUGAGUAUGCAGCAGGACCCGUCCAUCUGGAUGAUGAAAAUGAGUUUCCACCUAUAAGUUUGUGUCGCGGAGGGCAGAAGUGCAGAGACGAUGGGCUGUGACAAGAAGCCAAUGACUGAAUUCCACGCGCAGGGGUGAGACCGAAGAAACAGCUUCUGUUAGAGCCAUUAAAACUCUAUUAUAAAGGUGCUCCAUAUUAUUUAUUGUGACGAUGUUUGUUUUUUAUGGAAGGGUGUGGUAUAAAUACACUGUAAACACAUUCUGUUUUACUUAAAGGGACAUUAAAGGCUUUUUUUUAUUUUUUAUCUGACCUAAAUAAAACCUACUUUUUAUUUUCAUGCUGGUAAAAAUAUGUCCCUGACCAAUAUAGCUGUGGUUGGGGUCCUUAUCAGCCAAUGAGUGAUCAGUCCCAAAACAAGAUUUUGCACAAUAUUCACUUAAUUUUGCUAAAUAUCAUUUCCAUCUUAAUAUGGGAAGAGUCCACAGCUGCAUUCCUUACUUGUGGGAAAUACUGAACCUGGCCACCAGGAGGAGGCAAAGAUACCGCAGCCAAAGGCUUAAAUACCUCCCCCACUUCCUCAUAACCCCAGUCAUUCUUUGCCUUUCGUCACAGGAGGUUGGCAGAGAAGUGUCAGAAGAUUCGGAGUAGUCUCUUAUGCAGGGUAGUACUCUUCUAAAUGGGACUGGAGUUUUAAGUAGUCCCGUCAGCCUCUCAAUGAGAGCAUGGAUGAAAGUUAGAGUCCGGAGAUGCAGGAAGAGACUUUCUGCGAAACCAUCCCGACUCAUAUUAACAGCUCCCUAGGCAAUCAGCAUUUCGCUGCCUGCUUUCUUCACUCAAGUCCAUGUCAGAAGCCAUGCUACUGUCACACUUCAAGGGCCUUGUUCCUGUUCCACUGCGUAGAUUCUGGUAAGAUUGUUUCAUAUUUUAUACAUGUAUGAUAACGCAAGAAGACAGGGUCACAGUGUGUCUCCUUUUAUCUGUAUAGAAUCAAGGAUUAAUAUCUCCUUAGAGGGAUUAUUGAACAGGGGGGAAUAAUCUUAAUAUGUUAAUUUGAUUUUAUGCUGCUUUUAUGUGUGAGAUGUUAUGGGCUCAUAGGCUGUUAUGGAAUAUACAGGUUUCACUUUCACUUUGAGAGCCAUGCAGCUUACAAGCUUGGCGUGCUUUCUCAGAACAGGGAUGGUCCUGCAUAGUGCACCAUUUGAUUCAUUCCCUUUUUUCCUGACCGGGUGUCUAUCAGAGAGGAGCCAUAAAUCUCUGUACUGUCUGGGUCAUAGGAGGUGAUGAGUGCCCCAGCCAUUGGAGUAUAAGGGUGCCAUCUUUUUGAAUAAAAUAAUGUUUUAUUUCUCUAGUUCUUCGGUUAUUGCACUAGCGAUGGAGGAUUCUGUUACUUUAGAGGGCACUCCCUCUAUUCCCAAUUAGUAAUUCCUGUUUAUAUGGUGAGGAGGCCUUAGUUCCGCCCUCUGUUAUGUUCUAUAUGCCUUGAUAAUGUGAUAAUAUCAAACAUGUUUGAUACCACAGAGCCGUCCACUUCUGAGGAGUCGUCAUCCAGUGAGGUGCUUACCCUACAAUCUUAUAUCUCUACACAUGCAGUUUUCCGGUAGCAUUGCUGAUCCUCCAUCUGGAGGGGGCCUUAUUUUCACCAGACGUUACUGUGCAGAUCAGACGGCGGUGUCUGCAGCCUUUAAUGCUUUACAUCGCCCUGCUAAGCGCAAGCGAAAGGUUACAUAUUGCACUCCUUCCCAGAGUACAUCAGAUAAUUUAUUGGAUUUAACUGAGGGUUAUCCGAGGAUGAAGUUCUUUCUGAGACUUCAGAGUAUGAACAUUCUAGGUUGGAGUCUGAUGACUAAACCUCCGGCUGCGGAGGAAACAGACUUUAGUUUAGCAAUUUGCGCUUUCUUCUAAAGGAAGUUUUUGGCGAAUUCAGAGGUUCCAGAGGCCAAAUUGCCUGAUGAACCUUUAAUUCCUAAAUUGGAUAGAGUUUGAGGACAGGGUGAUACCUUAUCCUUCCCUGAUCCCGUUAGAUGGUGAACAUUAUCAAGAAUGAAUGGAACAGGAUUGGAUUCCUUUUCCGCUCUUCUCCCUUUAACAAAUUGUCCCUGGUCCUGGACUCUCAAUGGAGUUGUGAGGUUCCAUCCCUAAAUGGGAUGGCAUUAUCUUCACCCUUGCUAAACGUAUUACUAUCCCGCUUGAGGAUAGUUCUUCAUUUGAAGAGCCCAUGGAUAAAAGAUGGAAACUCUUUUAAGAAAGAUGUUUCAACAUACAGUAUAUUUGUUUCAACCGGCGGUGGCUGCUGCCGCAGUUACUGGAGAAACUACCUUCUGGUGUGACUCCUUAUAGGAUUUGAUCGGGGUGGAGGAUCCCCUCGAUGUUACUCAGAAAGUAGGGUUGUUAAUUCUUUUAUCUGUGCUGCUAUUAGGCAGUUUAUUUGCUUGAAUGCUAUGGCUUCAGCUUUUUCUGUUCAGGCCCGUCGGGCUCUGGCUGAAGUCAUGGUCUGCGGAUAUGACUUCUAAGUCUAGACUUCUUCCCUCCCUUUAAGGGAAUGAUUUUGUCUGGUCCAGGCCUGGACUCAAAUAUCUCCACGGUCAUAGGAGGCAAGGGUGCCUUCCUACCGCAAGAGUAUAUUAACUAAUCUAAGGGACAAUUUUCAUUCUGAUAAAGCCCAUAUCAGCAGUCCUCCACUAAGCCAGAGCACUUGGAGCCGGCUCAGUCCUGGAAUAAAUCAAAGCAGAGCAAGAAGCCCGGCGAGUCUACGUCGGCAUGAAUGGGCAGUCCCUGGUCCUCUUCUGGAUCAUGUAGGGGGCAGUAUGUUGCUCCUUUCAGUCACCUGGUUCAGGGGCGUGCAGGAUCCGUGGGUCUUGGAGGUCAUAGCUCAGGGUUACAAGAUAGGUUUUAAGUUUCAGCCACCCAAGGGCAGAGUCCUCCUGUCUUCCUGUUCUCUAGGAGUUAUUGCCCCGGUGCCUAUCGCAGUGAGAGGUUUGGGAUACUAUUCAAACCUUUUCGUGGUCCCUAAAAAGGAGGGAACUUUCCUUCUGAUUCUGGGCCUAGAGUGCUUAAGCAGGUUUUUAAAUAUCCCCUCGUUUAAGAUGGAGACAAUAAGGUCCAUUCUUCCCCUCGUUUGAGAGGGGUAAGUUCAUGACCACGAUAGAUCUGAAAGAUGCUCCCUUCUCGUACCAAUCCUCAGGGAUCACUUCCAGUUCCUAAGGUUUGCAUUCCUGGACCAGCACUUCCAGUUUAUUGCCCUUCCGUUUGGCCUAGCUAAAGAAAUUUUUCAAAGAGUGGACCAUUCGGAUAUCGCCUCUGUCUUCUUCGAUCCCAUGGAUGGCAGAUAAUCUAGAGAGAGUUCUCUUGUAUCAAGUACCAGGGUAGAAUUUUCAGGUACUAUAAUAGUCUCCAUAGACAUGAGAAUAUUUCUAACAGACCAGCGACAUUGCAAGCUAGCUUCAACAUGUCUUGCCCUCCAGAUCUCCUUAAGGCCUUCUGUGGCUCGGUGUAUGGAGGUGAUUGGUCUCAUGGUGUCCAGCUAUGACAUAAUUUCCUUUGCCAGGUUUCACCUCAGACUGUUGAAACUGUGCAUGCUGAACUAGUGGAACGGCGAUCAUUCGGAUCUGUCUCAACAGAUUUCUCUGGACAACCAAUCGGGAGAAUCGCUCUCUUGGCGGUUUUGUCCGGAUCACUACUUCCGAGGGACGUCCGUCUCAAGACCAUCCUGGGUGAUUGAGACUACGGUUGUGAGUCUGUCAGGAUGGGGAGUUGUUUGGGGUGCCAGGAAGGCACAUGGCCUUUGGUCUCAGGAGGUAAAGCUCCCUCCUGAUCUCAUUUUGGAUCUUCGGGCAAUAUACAAUGCUCUGAAGGCUUGGCCUCUGCUUGGUUCAUCCCAGUUAAUUAGAUUCCAAUCAAGCAAUAUAUCCUUGAUGGCUUGCAUCAACCAUCGGGGGGGGGGAACGAGAAGCUCCCUAGUUUUGAGGGAAGUAUCUCGGAUUCUGGUGUGGGGGAGACCCGCAUUUGUUCGCUGUCAGCGAUCCACAUUCUGGGUGUGGACAACUGGGAAGUGGAUUUCCUCAGCAGACAAUCCUUUCAUCUGGGAGAAUGGUCUCUCCAUCCCAAGUGUUUGCAGAGAUUUGCAAGAGGAAGAUCUUAUAACGUCUCAAUACCAAGCUACCCAGAUAGGGGUCGAGGUACAGGGAUCCUCAGGCGGAGCUAACAGAUGCAUUAACGGUGCCUUGGAGGUUCAAUCCAAUUUCUCCUUUCUGUCCGUUACCACUACUUCCUAGUGUAGUGGCUCGAGUCAAGCAGGCGUCAGUGAUACUGACUGAUCCGUCUUCGCCGCUAAGGAUAUGGUUCGUGGAUCUAGUGGGGAUGUCAUCAUUCCUCCGUGAGAAAGGGAUCUGGUGACCAAGGUCUCUUUGUUCAUCAAUGUCUAGAUUCUCUGAGGCUGACUGCGUGGAGAUUGAUUAGUCCUAGCCAAGAGAGGGUUUUCUGAGUUAUUUUUACUCUCAUUCAAGCUUGUAAGCUGGUUGCUCGUCGCAUCUAUCAUAGUGUGUGGAGGACCUACUUAUUCUGUUCUCCAGUAUUUGACCCUGUCUGUGUUAUUGCACAAGAGGUUUGCAGAGCUUCCGAAUGUGAAGCCAUUUGUUAAGGCUCUGCUGGGAUCAGAGCUGUGUUUAGAUUUAAGGCUCCUCCUUGUUGAGUUUAAAUCUUGUCCUUAAGGUUUUGCAAUGGGCUCCGUUGGAGACUAUGCAUGAAGUAGACAUUAAAUUGUUGUCUUGGAAGGUUCCUUUUCUAUUGGCUAUUGCUUCUACGUGCAGAUUAUCUGUGAUUGCUGCCUUGCAAUACGUCCCUCCUUAUCUGGCUUUUAAUGCCGAUAAGGAUGUUUUAGGAACCAAGUUAGGUUUUCUUCCUGAGGUUGUGUCAAUUCGCAACAUCAAUCAAGAGAUUGUGGUUCCUUUCUUAUGUCCUAAUCCUCCAUCGUCGAAGGAACGUUUACAACAUAUUUCUGGAUGUGGUUUGUGCUAUGAAGUUCUAUCUUCGGGCCACGAAGGAAUUUAGACAAACCUCUUUCUCUGUUUGUUUUUUUUCCGGGAAUCGUAGGGGUCAGAGGGCCUCUUCUACUUCCUUAUCUUUUUGUCUGAGGAGUGUCAUCCGUUUAGCAUAGAAACGGCGGGACAUAAGCCUCCUCUGAGGAUUACAGCUCAUUCUACGAGAGCAGUGGUUUCCUCUUGGGCCUUCAAAAAUGAGGCCUCUAUGGAUCAGAUUUGUAAGGCGGCUACCUGGUUCUCACAUACUUUUUCCAACAUUUUACAAGUAAAGCCUUCGGGAGAAAGGUUUUGCAGGCUGUGGUGCCAUCAGAUUAGGGUCCGCCUCUCUUUUUUUCCCUCCUGUUAGCAUUCUGUGUACUCUAGAGCUUGGGUAUAUGUUUCCCACAAGUAAGGAAUGCAGCUGUGGACUCUUCCCAUAUUUAAGAUGGAAAACAUAAAUUAUGCUUACCUGAUCAUUUAAUUUCCAUCUGUAUGAAAAGAGUCCACAGCUCCCGCCCGUGUUUUCCGAUGGGCGGACCUAAAUUUGAAUUUUUUUGUUCUGUCACCUUUUUUACCCUGAUAUUUCUACCGUUCCUUGUUCCCUCGGCAGAAUGACUGGGGUUAUGAGGAAGUGGGGGAGGUAUUUAAGCCUUUGGCUGGGGUGUCUUUGCCUCCUACUGGUGGCGAAGUUAAGUAUUUCCCACAAGUAAGGAAUGCAGCUGUGGACUCUUCCCAUACAGAUGGAAAUUAAAUUAUCAGGUAAGCAUCAUUUAUGUUUUUAAAUCUCUAACCAUUUUCAAUAAAAAUGUAUUGAAAGGAAGGUUAAAUAAAAAUGUUUAAGUACCACAUAAUGUAAUGUGCAUUCAUUAUGUAUUUUUCUGAUAUUCCUGUAAUAAUAUGCACCUUUUCCCUCCCCCAAGGGCACUAGACCCUGAAUGCAAACUAUAGAUUGUUAGUGCAUAGCAGUGUUUCUCGACUCCAGUCCUCAAGUUACCUAACAGGCCAGAAUUUCAUCAUAUCUUAACUAGAGCCCAGGUGAAAUAAUCAGUUGACCAAUAACCCCAUUUCCUCUAGUUAAAAGGUCAUUUAACUGCUGUGCACAACUACAAAAUAAUAGUAACUAAUAGUAACACCCUGUUCCUGCAGCUCUAUUCAAAUCAGUUUUCCUGUUUUAAGAGCUUAAAGGUGCCAGAUACUGAAGCUCUGCCUCUUUAUACUGGGCAGCGCCAUCUUGGACCUCAAGUAUUCUCACAGCCUAUGACUUUUUUACAGCUGUAUCACCCUGAAGCACUUUAUACAAAGCAGGAGCUUUAAUUUUUGCAGUUGCUGCAUUGCCCUAUAUUAUUGUUUGUUGAGUUAUUAUUAUAACAAUAUUAUAUUCCUGUUGUUGAGUGCUUAAUAAAAUACAUUUUGUGUAACUGUAAAACUGUGUAAAAAAUGUAAAGCUCACAUUAUGUAUCCUGCAAGCCAACUCCAAACAAAUGAUACAGCUGUGAAAAAUGUCGGCAAUGUUACUGAUCUGUGAAUGUGCACGGCUUCUGUCACAGACUGUGAGAAUACUUAACCCCUUAAGGACCGGGCAUUUCAGUCUAAAAUUUCCCCAAAAGACCAGAGCAUUUUUAGCAUUUUUGCUAUCACUCCAUUUAAACAGAAUUAGAGCCUUUUUUUAUUCACCUAUCAAAACUAUAUAUUAUUUUAGUAGACAACCAAAAGUAUUGAUCUAGGCCCAUUUUGGCAUAUUUCAUGCCACAAUUUCACCGCCAAAUGCAAUCAAAUAAUAAUAAAAAAAAAUUGUUAACUUUUCACAAACGUUAGGUUUCUCACUGAAACAAAUGUUUGUAAAUGCUUCUCUGGAAUCCCCUUUGUUCAGAAAUAGCAGACAUAUAUAGCUUUGCCAUUGCUUUUUAGUAAUUAGAAGACCGCUAAUUGCAGCUGCACACCAAACUUUUAUUAUUCCCAGCAGUGAAGGGGUUAAUCAGGUAGCUUGUAAGGUUAAUUUUAGCUUUAGUGUAGAGAUUUCCCUCCCACCUGACACUUCCUAUCCCCCGAUCCCUACCUCUCUCAAAAAGCUCUCUUCCCUCUCUGCAUCGGUAACUCUGCCCGUCUAUUUCUGCACUGCCCCAGUUGUGGGUCAUGCAGAAAUAGUGCUACCAUGCUACAGGGUACGACGCUUGUCCUUAAGGGCUUAACGACCCGCAUCAUAUAGGGUACGGUGCUGGUCAUUAAGGGGUUAAACUCCAAGAUGGCGGCACCCAGUAUGAAGAGGUGAAGCUUCAGUAUCUAGCACCUUUAAGCUUUUAAAACAAGAGAACAGAUUUGAAAAGUUGCAGGAACAGGAUGAAAUGCAAUAACAUAGUGCGUAGUUACUAUUCCUUUGUAGUUGUGCACAGCAGUUUCAUGUCCCUUAUAACUAGAUAUGAACAUUUGGCAUGUUAGGGGUAGUUGAGGACUGGUGUAUAGGGCAAUGCUACACAAUGUCUUAAAUGUCACCUUAGAACAGCCUGUGAUUGGCUUCAGCAAGGAAGACCAGGGAUUUGUAAUCCCACCAUGUUUGGAACACAGGCUGUCUUGCAAUAUCAAAGCCCUGCAAAUUUUCAUAACAGAAUUUUUUUUUUUUUUAAUUAUUCUAAAAAAUUUAUUUUAUACGUAGAUUUUUAGCGCAGUAUCUAAUUGCUUACAUACUAUAUGGCCUUUAGUGUCCCUAGUGCUGCUCUUCCAUAUGCAUGAGAGAACAUAUUUAAGUUUAAAGUGUCGUUAACUAAAGUAUGCAAGAACCACAAUAUAUAAAUUGUUUUACAUGUAAUAUUGUAUUUAUCCUUUUAUACAAAUGGUUUUCCUUAAUUUAUGCAAUUUUAUUUGUACAAAAUGUACUUAUAGGAAACCCUAUAUUUCUGUUCAUAAUAUAAAUAUGAAAUUCUACCUGUGCAUUAUACAGAUAUGCAAAAAAAACAAAUUUUAAGGAGUAAUAAUAAAGUAUCUGCAACAAA